AUGUCCAAUUCGCACCGGCCCAAGGACGGGGGGUCGUACGAGCUCGACGAGAUGCAGGACGAGUUCGAGACGGAGGCCUUCCUUCCUAGCGAGUCGUAUGUUCCCCCAUUUUCGCAGCCGCGGCGAGGAGCUGCGCACCUGUUCAAAGACUUUGCGCGGUCGCCGUACGGCGCCAUCUUCUUUGUCGCCCUGGCGAUGUUUGCUGCGCUCAGCAUCUACUUUUACGUUCCUUCUACACUUUUUAUAUACCUUGUGAGCGUGUGCUUUGUGCUGCCGCUGUAUCUCGCGAUCGAUCUCAUCCGCCUGGUGCACCGGCGGACGCUGCCAACGAGCGCCGGCGCGUGGGCGCGCCUUGUGCUCGGGCUAAUCGCGACGCUGUACGCGCUGACGUGUGCCAUCGCCGUGCUGCGUGGCGAUGCGUACGUCGCCCCCCGUGCGCCGCCGGUGCGCGUGGAAAAUGGGGUGUACAACCCCAGGAACGAGACGUUCUUUAUUGCGUCGAAUCUGUACAACAACGAGGCGAUCUUGCCCAAGUACCGCAGCGCGCUGCUGCAGUUCAUCGUGGACAUGGGCCCAAGCAAUGUGUUCGUGUCGAUCUUCGAGAACGAUUCGCAGGACCGAACGCCGGCGCUCCUGCACGAGCUCGACGCGGAGCUCGAGCGCCUCGGCGUCCAGCGGCACAUUCUCACUGUGACGAAGCGCAAAGGCUUCCGACGCCUGGACCGCAUCGAGCGCCUUGCGUACCUGCGCAAUCAGGCGAUGGACCCGAUGUACGUCUCGCACAAGGACGGGCUCAAUGGCCGCCCGUUUUCCAAAGUCCUCUUUCUCAACGACAUUCUUUUCGACGCAGCAACGAUCCACACGCUCCUCGACACGGCCGGCGGUCAGUUUGACCAGGCGUGUGCGAUCGACUACUACUCGAUCGGAUUCUACGACACCUGGGUCACCCGCGACCAGGACAUUGUCCGCCCCCGGCCCCUCUGGCCGUACUUUGCGCGCCGCUCCGACCAGAAGCGCGUCGAUGCGGGCGAGGCGGUGCCGGUCAACUCGUGCUGGAACGGCAUCACGGCAUUCGACGCGCGCUGGUUCGCGCCGCCGGCGAACCGCACAGGCAGCAACGAGACGGAGCCUACCAUCGCGCACCUCCCGCUGCGGGGGGCGGUCAACGACGGCGACGAGAAGCCCGCGCGCCUCCCGCUGCACUUUCGCACCAGCAAGAUCUGCUACGCGUCCGAGUGCCUGCUCUCUUCGCUCGACAUGCAUCGCCUCGCGCGCCCGAUGCGGCCCAAGAUCUACGUAAAUCCGAGGGCGAUUGUCGCCUACGACUACCGCGACUACUUUAUGUACCACGACCUUGUAUUCUGGCGCAUCGUCCAGCCAUGGCACCGCAUCUGGGAAGACUGGGUCGCGACACGCCUCUUUGGCCUCAUCUCCGACGUGGGGCGCAAGAAGGACCAGUGCCGCGACGCAUUUCGCCCGUUGUGGUCCGCCCCAUAG